CGUAGUUGGCCAGUCAGUGUCAGUGUGGGAUAAUUGGUUGGCGCAGGGAUCUGUGCUGGGACUGCUCACUAUUUGCCUCUUUUACUUCUGUCAGUGGCACAGACUUCUUUCUCUGAGGAGGGUGCCGCUCCCAGUGUUGGGCCAACAGUCAGUCAGUCUAAGAUUCAGUCAGUCAUUAUUUUCUCUAUUCGUUGGGACCUGCAAUUAUGUCGCAGUUUUUGAGGUACUUUCAGUACUAAUAGCUGCCUCAGAUCCCUCCGCUCCCAAUGGGGCAGAGCCGGACUUUUCUGUCAAUUCACAGUUUCUACAUGUCCCGGGAAAAGAAAGAGAAACGCAUUAUUGCCAUAGUUACCAGCUGCCCUGGAGCAAUAGCUGCCAUAGUUACCAACAAAACCUGGCAUUGCCAAAGUCUUACCUGCCAUGGUUACCAACAGGAUCCACCAUGGUUACCAGCUGCACUGGAGCAAUAGCUGCCAUGGUUAUCUAUAUCUACCUGCCAUGGUUGCCAGCAGUGGAGCAUUACCUGCCAUGGUUGCCAGCAGAAUUAGCCAUGGUUACCUAGAGGACCCACCAUGGUUACCAACAGGACCCACCACCACUGGAGUAUUACCGGCCAUGGUUAUCUAUAUCUACCUGCCAUGGUUGCUAGCAGAAUUAGCCAUGGUUACCUAGAGGACCUACCAUGGUUACCAACAGGACCCACCACCACUGGAGCAAUAGCUGCCAUGGUUAUCUAUAAAACCUGUCACUGCCAAAGUGUUACCUGCCAUGGUUACCAGCAGGAUCCAUCAUGGUUACCAACAGGACCCACCACCAUUGGAGCAAUAGCUGCCAUGGUUACCUAUAUCUACCUUCCAUGGUUGCCAGCAGAAUCAGUCAUGGUUACCUACAGGACCCACCAUGGUUACCAACAGGACUCACCACCACUGGAGCAAUACCUGCCAUGGUUACCUAUAAAAAAAGUUUUACCUGCCAUUGUUGCCAACAGAAUCAGUCAUGGUUACCUGCAGGACCCACCACCACUGGAGCAAUACCUGCCAUGGUUACCUAUAAAAAAAAGUGUUACCUGCUGUGGUUGCCAGCAGAAUCAGUCAUGGUUACCUGCAGGACCCACCAUGGUUACCAACAGGACUCCACUGAUAAAGAUGACGUGAAGCCCUUGAAACGUUUGGUUAUUGGUACCCCGCAAUAAACACUUGGUUACACUGCAGCAGUUGUGCAUCCUUUUUUGUUCUGUUUCUAUGGUUACCAGCAGGAUCCACCAUAUUUACCAGCAGGUCCCGCCUCUGCUCCCAGUAUUUAACCAAAAGUUAAAAUGCUUUUGAUUGGCUCUGCUCAGAGCUCUUAACAAUGACCAAAAAGAUAUAUAUUUUCCUGGUUGUCAACAACGCCUGCUGCCGUCGGAGCCGCUUCUUCCAAUCUGACCAAAAAGGAAGGAGUUUUUGUAAACGAAUGGAUAAUUUAGAAGAAGACUGGGUCAUAUUGACCAAAGCAGGUCGGGCAGAAUUGUGGGUGCUCUUGCCUUGGAACCCUGAUCUGCAAACAGACGUGUGGGUGCUCUUGCCAGGGAACCCAGAUCUGCAAACAGUCAUGUGGGUGCUCUUGCCUUGGAAACCAGAUCUGCAAACAGACAUGUGGGUGCUCUUGCCUUGGAACCAAGAUCUGCAAACAGACAUGUGGGUGCUCUUGCCUUGGAACCCAGAUCUGCAAACAGACAUGUGGGUGCUCUUGCCAGGGAACCCAGAUCUGCAAACAGUCAUGUGGGUGCUCUUGCCUGGGAACCCAGAUCUGCAAAUAGACGUGUGGGUGCUCUUGCCUUGGAACCCAGAUCUGCAAAUAGACGUGUGGGUGCUCUUGCCUUGGAACCCAGAUCUGCAAAUAGACGUGUGGGUGCUCUUGCCUGGGAACCCAGAUCUGCAAAUAGACGUGUGGGUGCUCUUGCCUUGGAACCCAGAUCUGCAAACAGAUGUGUGGGUGUUCUUGCCAGGGAACCCAGAUCUGCAAACAGUCAUGUGGGUGCUCUUGCCUUGGAACCCAGAUCUGCAAACAGACAUGUGGGUGCUCUUGACAGGGAACCCAGAUCUGCAAAUAGACGUGUGGGUGCUCUUGCCUGGGAACCCAGAUCUGCAAAUAGACAUGUGGGUGCUCUUGCCUUGGAACCCAGAUCUGCAAAUAGACGUGUGGGUGCUCUUGCCUUGGAACCCAGAUCUGCAAAUAGACGUGUGGGUGCUCUUGCCUUGGAACCCAGAUCUGCAAACAGACAUGUGGGUGCUCUUGCCUUGGAACCCAGAUCUGCAAACAGACGUGUGGGUGCUCUUGCCUUGGAACCCAGAUCUGCAAAUAGACAUGUGGGUGCUCUUGCCUUGGAACCCAGAUCUGCAAACAGACAUGUGGGUGCUCUUGCCUUGGAACCCAGAUCUGCAAACAGACAUGUGGGUGCUCUUGCCUUGGAACCCAGAUCUGCAAACAGACAUGUGGGUGCUCUUGCCUUGGAACCCAGAUCUGCAAACAGACGUGUGGGUGCUCUUGCCUGGGAACCCAGAUCUGCAAACAGACGUGUGGGUGCUCUUGCCUGGGAACCCAGAUCUGCAAACAGACGUGUGGGUGCUCUUGCCUGGGAACCCAGAUCUGCAAAUCCUGCCUCUUAGCAUGGGUGACUCAGAUCCUUUGGGCCCCCCAGAGGCUAAAGUGCAGCAGAAACCUUUCCAUGGCGGCUCUGUGCCCGGGAAUUGAAGAGUUAAACCUCUGGGAACAGAAGAGAAAGGACGGAAUUAGCCCCGAGUGGAUCAGUAUCACCCUCCUGGCAUGGGAUUGGCUGACGGCUCUGCUGACUUUACUUCCUUCUGGAAUCGGCCCUUUGGCAACUGAGAAUUGUGGGUGACGUGAUCCUAUUUGUCUGAUACAGAGCAUUCGCUUAUGUUACACUCUAUGGGCAAAGGUUUGGGGGCCCCCACUAGUCCAACCUCCCCAAGCCAAGGGGAUUCAAGCGCAGUUGCCCCUCCCUUUGCAACCCCUAUGCUUCUGGGAAGGUUCGUGCUACAUGUUGGAUUAUUGGUGAUGGGAUGUGCGUCCGUUAAUAUGGAAGAGAUGGCAGCUUGGACCCGAAGGGAUCUGAGUGAGUUUUAGCCAGAGGUGCCCAGUUCUACCCCCAUUCUGACUCCACCCUGCUAAGGGUAGGGGUAUUAUUUAUAAAGGGAUUUUCUUGCCUUGGGCUCAAAGUGCUUUACAACAAGCAAUGCAGUAGGGAUGGGUGGGUUUACCCUUAGGUCGGGUGGGUUAGGGUUGGGAUUUGGGUGAACAGUGAGGGUUCGGGUUGGGUCAGACUCGGGACUUACACUCUUUCCCUGUCUUUUAACCUAAGUCGUGCACAGAAGGUACGGACAGAGUGGAAAUAUAUGGGUACGGGUUGGGUACGGGUCCAAUAAAGGGCAUUUGGGGGAGCUAGGGUCGGUUGCAGGUUGAGCUUUUCCUGACCCCCAGCCGUUCUAAUGCUUCAGGCGGGUAUCAGAGGACUUUGGGUAAAAUCUAUUAGGGAUGCACCGAAUCCAUUAUUUUGGUAUUCGGCCGAACCCUGAAUCUGUCGUGAAAGAUUCGGCCGAAUACCGAACCAAAUCCUAAGCUGCAUAUACAAACGAAGGUAAAGAAGGGUUAAAAAGAACCAGCGAAAAAUCUUUCACUUCCGUGUUUAUGUGAUGAAAGUCACAUGAUUUUAAAGAUUCGGAUUGGGUUCACCCAGGACCAUGGAUACGGGCGAAUCCGAAUCCUGCUGAAAAAGGCAGAAUCCUGAACCGAACCCGGAAUUCGGUGGAGAUUACCGACAGCGGAUUAACAGACGACUGACUUGUUGCUACGGGGGACCGCGUGAGGGGUACUAAAUGCGGGCAAUGCCCACAAAUUCGGGUUAGUUGCCUUGUCUGGGUUGGGCACGGAUAUUGGGGAUCAGGCCCUCCACAGUCGGGGUUACAAUUCAUCCAUUUGGGUUGAACAGUCAGGUUCUUCCCUUCUCAGCCUAUGGAGCAGACACGGGGGCCAUUAUUGUGCUGAAACAGGAAGAACCCCCCCCAAUCUGUUGCACUAAGUGGGCAACAUGCAGGUUUAAUGAGUGUCUUGAUGCCUUUGGCACGCUGGGUAACUAUACUAUACUAUACCUGUUAUACUAUAGCUGAGGAGCCAAUCAGAAAUCAUUAAUUCCAGUGAUGCACUAAAUAUCAGGAAUCAGCACGUUAGAAUUAAGUGUAAAACUGUGCGGAGCUUGCAGAAUUAUCCAUGUGUAUUCCGUCGCACCGAAAGCCCUCAUGUAAUGCAAUGUCUGUGUGUUUUAUUCCAGAGAGAAAUGCAUUCGCCCAACACUGCCACCUACAGGCUGACGUCAGCGCUGCGGAACCGUGACAGUCUAUAAUCAUGCAAAACAGGUUAUUGGUCCCCCCUAUAUAAGGGCUCAGUAAGCCUGACUCCGGGCACACUGCACCUUGCCCAAUAGUAACACAGAAGGCUGCUCCCUAUAUGCCCCGUGGCACAGGGAAACAUCUUGUGGUCGGCUUGUGCUUUAUUUUCUUAGCCUUUUAUAUCUAUCAUUUCCUCUUAUUUAUUGUGUCUCUGGACAUGUACAUUGUACAGUGUAUAUAUCUUUAUAUAUAUAUAUUCUGACUUGGGAGCCUUAAGCUCUGUUCCACGGAACCCUCUCAUACCCCUGAAGGGGGU